AUGAAAUGUGUGGAAGAUAGGUUAUUGGAAUAUCGAAGGAGAAACAGUAGUAUUGAUGUUAAGAAGACAUUACAGGUAGUGGUUGUUGAUGAAGCCAGUAAGCAACAGUCCAGAAUUAGCUGUGUUUCAUUUGCUUUAUUCUGUAUCUUCAACAAACUUGUAAAUCUUUUAUCAGUACCAUUCGAGCUAUGGUCACUUGUUUAUGGACGGUGGCCGCACAUAUGCAUGGUUUCUGCAAUUUUUUCAUGGUUUGUAGCACAGAUCUUCUUCAUUUAUAUCGAGUUUGGUCUUGUUUUCUUUAUUUUCUCCUUAUUUGUAAUUUUGUUUAUUAAUAUGGAAAAGCGAAAACCAGGUGAUUUAAGCGCUUAUUCUGUAUUUAAUCCUCGAUGUGAAAGAUUGCUUGGAACAAUGACAGCUGAACAUUUUGAAAGAGAUUUGUUAAAAAAACCUGUGUAUAAUUGA